CACCGUCAAGAAUUCGCGAACAGUGGCGGAUCUACUAAUGGGCCUGCCCGUGCACGUGCCCCAUGUGAUUUUUUUUUAAAAAAAAAUAAAAAUAAAAAAAUAAAAAAAAUAAAAAUAAAAAAAAUUCGAAAACAGGGGAUUCAUCGAAACAGAAUAGAGACCCGCAGUCCCGCACCCGCACUCUCUCUCACUCUAAACCUAAAAACUCUCCCUCCAGUUGCUGCCGCCCUCCCGCACGCCGCACGGCCUCACCAGUCACCACGCCACCGCCGGCUGCUGCUCGCCUGCUACCUGCCGUGGAUUGCUCGAAGCGACGAAGCCUCGAAGGCUCGAUUCGAAGUUCGAACUUCGAACACAGUCGAACUCGAACCGUAAUCCCUAAAAAUCGAAAUUUUUGAUUUUGUUUAAGUGUAUGCAGAAUGUUUGAUAUUGUAUCAUUGACGGUGGAUGGUGGGGUUUUUUCUAUAACACAAACUCAGCAUAAUCUCCUUUCGAAAAACAUCAUCCAUGGACAGAGAACUCAGUGUAUUCCCACAAGAAUUUCAUCAUCUUCGACAAAAGAUGUAUGGACUAGGGCACCAUCCCAAGCUUCAUCUUCUUCAUCGUCUACUUCUUUUUCACAGCAACUUUCUCGAAUAUAUUGCCAAAAUCAAACUCAAAGAAACAAUUUCUUAGACCACUACAUAGACAUGGAGGAUUUGCUGAAAUCCAUUGCCCAAACUGCAAGUGAGGAAGAGUUGUUUGCUUUAUUGUCACCUUAUAAAGGCAGGCAACUAUCUGUUAGGUUUAUGGUAUCUCUUCUUUCCCGUGAAUCAGAUUGGCAAAGGUCGAUUGCUUUGCUUGAUUGGAUAAAUGAAAUUGCUUUAUAUACCCCAUCAGUGUUUGUUUACAAUGUUGUCAUCCGUAAUGUGCUUCGAGCAAAGCAGUGGGUAGUUGCACAUGGUCUGUUUGACGAAAUGCGGCAAAGAGCUUUAGCCCCUGAUAGGUAUACUUACUCGAUGCUUAUAACCCAUUUUGGAAAAGAGGGCUUGUUUGAUUCGGCACUUUCUUGGCUUCAGAAGAUGGAGCAAGACCGUGUGUCGGGUGAUCUUGUUUUGUACAGUAAUUUGAUUGAGUUGUCUCGUAAGUUAUGUGAUUAUUCUAAAGCAAUUUCUCUGUUUUCAAGGUUGAAGAGGUCUGGUAUUAAGCCUGACCUUGUGGCUUAUAAUACUAUGAUUAAUGUGUUUGGGAAAGCUAAGCUAUUCUGUGAGGCUCAAGAUCUGUUGAAAGAGAUGAGAGAAAAUGGAGUCACGCCUGAUACAGUUAGUUAUUCAACACUUUUGAAUAUGUAUGUAGAGAAUCAUAAGUUUGUUGAGGCAUUAUCUGUGUUUUCUGACAUGACUGAUGCAAAUUGUGUUCUUGAUCUCACUACCUGCAACAUUAUGAUAGAUGUUUAUGGACAGCUUGACAUGGCCAAGGAAGCUGAUCAGCUUUUCUGGAGCAUGAGGAAAAGGGGCAUUGAGCCUAAUGUUGUUAGUUAUAAUACUCUUUUGAGGGUAUAUGGAGAAGCCGAGCUUUUUGGCGAAGCUAUACAUCUUUUUCGGUUGAUGCAAAAAAAGGAUAUCGAACAGAACGUUGUAACGUACAAUACCAUGAUGAAAAUAUAUGGGAAAUCCCUUGAACAUGAAAAGGCCGGAAAUUUGGUGCAAGAGAUGCAGAAAAAGGGGAUUCAACCUAAUGCAAUUACAUACUCAACAAUAAUUUCUAUAUGGUGUAGGGCUGGGAAACUGGAUCGUGCUGCCAAGUUGUUUCAAAAGCUUAGAAGUUCUGCUUUAGAGAUUGAUCAGGUUCUUUAUCAGACUAUGAUAGUGGCUUAUGAGAGAGCGGGAUUAGUUGCUCAUGCAAAACGGCUGCUACAUGAGCUUAAGUGUCCAGACAAUAUCCCCCGAGAUACUGCAAUUGCCAUUCUUUGUCGAGCUGGAAGGAUCGAAGAGGCUACAUGGGUCUUUCGACAGGCAUUUGACGCCAGAGAAGUGAAGGAUAUUUCUGUAUUUGAAUGUAUGAUUGAACUUUACUCAAGAAAUAGGAAAUAUAUGAAUGUCAUAGAGGUGUUUGAGAAGAUGCGAGAGGCGGGAUACUUCCCCAAUGCCAAUGUCAUUGCUCUUGCCUUAAAUGCUUAUGGAAAAGUCAAGGAGUUUGAAAAGGCUGAUUCAGUAUAUUGGGAAAUGCAAGAAGCAGGUUGUAUAUUCCCAAAUGAAGUUCAUUUUCAGAUGUUGAGUCUGUAUGGCGCAAGAGGCGACUUGAAGACUGUGGAAUCACUUUUUGAGAUGCUGGAUACCGAUCCCAACGUAAACAAAAAGGAAUUAUAUCUUGUUGUUUCUAACAUACAUGAAUCAGCAAAAAGGCUCAAUGGUGCUGCAAGAGUAGAUGACGUGAUGGCAAAUGAUGGUACACUAAGAUCUUGAACCCAAAUAUAGGUAAUGUUUAUGCUAUUAGAUUACUUUAACCUUAUGCUAUGUUUGGGAAUGUUGAUUUCAUUUGAAAAUGUGAAUUUGACUCAAAUUUAGUAUUUGGCAAAUAAAAACUUUUCAAAUUUGAAUUUGAGUCAAAUCCAACAAUGUUUUAAAAGUAGUUAAAGAUAAGGAUUUGAGAAUGACUUCCCUAAGCUUGUCAUUCUUAAAUUCUUCUUUGAUGAAUUCAAAAUUGAAAUCUACAAUUUAAAAUGAAAUGCUUGUUUCCAAACGCAACCUUAAAUUAUUUCACAUUUUGUAUGUAUUUAUGAAUAGUGUACAUAAUUGAUAUAUCAUUCCCAUUCUUUUGAGGUAUCCUGGUAUCACUGUGAGAUAAAAAUUCUGUUGUAGCUUCACAUUUGAGGCAUAUAACAUGAAACGCUACAAUUUAGCAACGAAUAAAAAUGUAUGACACUUCUUUGUGAAGAUUUAGUAUAUGACACUUCUCAAAUUUUACAAAAUGAGGAAUGGCCUACCGCUUCAAUCAGGUGUAGCCUUUGGACAUGUUUAUUUUCGUCUUUAUUUGCCUUUGGAACAUGAUUCUAGGCAUUUCAUGUUUCUUUUUCAAUCAUUGCUUGUUCAUCGUUAUUCUCCUUCGUUUCAGCUUCAAUUGAGAGAAAAGAAUGAAUAAAAUGUUGAAAUGGGACUAAUUUUCUGCUGGUUUCGAAGGUUUUCCCAAAGAAUUUAUAUGCAGAAGGGGCAUAAUUGGGUUCACUAGUUAAUUAAUUUUGUCAAUUUCAAUAAUAGUCUACAAUAGAUAGGAGAUCAACCUCAAGUUCAGGUCCAGCAUUGGUGUAAAUCUGAAACUUAGAACUUGAGUGUUGAUGGAAAGUUUACCAAUGCUCAGAUUAAGGACAAAAUCCUAGCUGAGAAAGGUAUUGUCUUAUUUUUUUAAAAUCUAGGCAUGUUCUUUACAUAUUUAUUUCCAUUUUGCUUCGCUUCAGAAUUCUUGUUAUGACUGACUGAUUUAUAUUCUGAUUGAGCUGGACAUAGUGUUUGUGAGAUGUGUCUUAAAUUAUGGGUUUUUGUGAUUUGUAAGUAAUAAGUUUAUUGAAUCAUGUCAUUUUUUCUAUACUUUUGAUGGGUUUUUGUAGUACUUCCGUGCCAAGUUAUGUACAUCAAGCUUCCUUAUACUGUCUCAUGGAUGCUUGCUAAGAUUAUGAGGGGAAAAUUGGUGGUGGUUGGGCAUCAAUUUUUAGGGACAAAUUUAGUAUUAAAAAUGCUUACUUUCUAUUGUCAGAGUAGAUUAUGAUAAAGUUUUUUGGAGGGGUUUGGCAGGCAAUAAUAUAGCCUCCCCAUAGGGCUAUCUUUUGCCUUUGGUUGAUUAUUUGGACAGAUAACCCUUCCCUGGUUAGAUUGGCUAAGUGGAGUAUUUUUGAUGAUCCUAUUUGUAUGCUUUGAUGAAGAUAAGACUUUGGAGUAUGUUCUUCACUUGUGUAAGUUGUGAUGGACCUUAAAAGGAGACUUUAAAACCUUUUCAUAGUUUUGAUUUUGGCUUUAAUUUUGUGGAGGAAACAAAAUCUUCGCUAAGCUUAAAAGGAAGAAGUCGCAGGAAGACAAAGCUUUAUUGUUAUGCUGGAUGGAUUUGUGCUAUGCUCUAUGGUGACGAAGAAAUAAGGUGAUCUUAAGUAGUGGCAUGCUUCCUCGUAGUCUUAUCGCUAGAGAUAUUGUUUUUCGUAUUGCUACUUGUGUGGGUGGAUCUGUUCCUUCUUGUUCAGGGCCUUUGUUUAGUGUGUGAUAUCUAUUGGCUUGUUGUUUGCUGUCUGCCUUUGUGUGGCUGUUAUGUUAUGCUGUGCAGGUAGUGGUAGAUGUUUUGAGCUGCGGCCUUGCAACUGUUGGUGCAGGGGUUGGGCAGUGACUCUGCGUGACUGCUGUUCUGGGUCUGUUUGGAAGUUUCAACUUUUUAUUUUUCAAUGUUAAUUGUUGUAUGGUCAUUGAAGUAGGAAAAAUCACUGUUUGCUAUGUUAAAUAAAUUUAAUUAUUAUGUUAGGUAUGAAAGAUUAAGGACUAAUGAUGGGUUUAGAUUUUUCUUUCAAAAAAAAUGAUGGGUUUAGAUUUUGUUGAAGUUCCAAGAAUGCUGAAUUAUAGUAAAACAAUGAACAUACAACACUGUGUUUAUCUAGUACUGUUAAGAUGAUGUUCUGUCAAUGGUUUCGGACUAAUGAUGGGUUUAGAUUUUUCUUUCAAAAAAAAAUGAUGGGUUUAGAUUUGGUUGAAGUUCCAAGAAUGCUGAAUUGUAGUAAAACAAUGAACAUACAACACUGUGUUUAUCUAGUACUGUUAAGAUGAUGUUUUGUCAAUGGUUUGUCAAUGGUUUCAAAGGUAAUUGUUGAAUGAUAGUUUAGUUAUCUUUUUAGAGAAGAAUUUGUUUCUCAAUGUUAGUAUUGAUGCUACUGUAUAUAGAUUUCAAAAUAUGAAAACUAAGCGAAAGCAAUUGUAGUUUAUUUGUUACUUUAUAUUUCAUUAUGUUGGACUAUGUUUUCAUUGUAAAUUUGAACCAUUGUAGUUCCUUGUUAUCUUUUAUAUUACUUUGGCUUUCUCUUGGGAUCAUUGCGCUUCUACAAGUCAUUUUGUUGAAAUAAAAAAUAUUUUAGUUGUUAAUUUUACAAAUGAACCUUUGUCGAAAUCCCGUCCAUUUGUUGGUGCCCCAGGGGACUCUGAACCCUGAAUCCGCCACUGUUCGCGAGCAUUAUAGAACGAAAGAAAUGAUCCAAAUUGAAAAAAUGGAGAGAAUGAGGAAUUAUAAUAGAUAGUAUAUACCUAAGUCUAGCUAAUGCCUAAUAGGUAAUAAGAAAUGAAAGGCUGUUUUGCUUUUCGGAGUCUUUUAGCCUUUUUGGACUUCGGAGAUUAUGAUGAUGAAAAAGGCGUGUUUAUAAAUGGGUGGAAAGAUUAUAGGGGAGAUGGAGGAAAGAAGUGGGGGUGGGGUCAUUUUUGGAUUCUGGAAUAUGCAUGUGAGUAUGUGACAUGUUAGGGAGUCUCAUGGAUCAUGCUCAUGGUUCAUGGACUUCGAAAAUUUGAAAUAAAUGAGAUUAUUUAUCUACUUAAUUCCAAAUAUAAGAUUCGGGAAAAUUUAUGUCCCAAAAUAAGCUUCCGUACGUCCAAGCCUAGCCUCGGGUAAGUCGCUAUUACUAACAGCGAAUAAGGGGAAAUAAAAUAAAAAUUAAAAAGUUGAAAGUCGUUGUUACUAACAGCGACUAUGAAAUUUUAAAAAAAAAAAUUCCAAAUAUUCUCCUGGGCCAAGACUCACAUAACAGCAAGCCCAAAGCCCAUUCACUUUAACCUUUAAACAGUUAUCUAAUAUCAGAUGAACUAACAUUCAGUAAUCGGACUGUAAUUCAAGCCAUUGGUUCCUCUUCAAAAGCUUCCGGUCCAAUGUAUCAUUCAAUAGCAACUAUUCUAAGAACAACAGGUCCUUAUGAUAGAUUUGGUGCGUAUAUUCAACAAUUCUAAUAUCAUUUAUAUCAAACAUAUUUAAUUUCUUAUGCGUAUAACUACAUAUAAGUUAUAAAUACAUUAUCAAGAAAG